CCUAUUCGUACAAACCCCCCGCCCCCCCGUAGACAACUUCCAACUCCCCCCAACAUUUCCCUCCAAAUCCAACAGCUUCCAGCGUCUCCUCCCGUCUCGUUAUGCACUCUCAGUUUUCAUAAUUAUCAUCUCAAAUUUCAUUUCCUCUCUCCUCUUUUGUCUAGAAUUUAUUCUUUCUGUUAGACUGUCACAGUCUCACCUUCUUCCUCAAUAUAGGAAUUCAUUACUUAUAAACUUUCAUAGUCAUCAUCAGUGCAGUCCAAUUCCAAGAUUUGCUUAUUCAAAUCCGGCAUGUUUCCGGAAUUAAUUCAGCCACUACUUUGAAUUUCAGUUAAUUUUGGUUGAAUUAGGGCUCAUAUAUUAGAUAUUUCGAUACUCCUUACAAUUUAUCUUCCCCGGAAAUUAAAGAAGGGUUUAAUGCUUGUGAGUUGUGAGACUUGGGCGUUAGUGUUUUGUUUUGGAUUAUUAGCUGAUUUUGUAUUGAAUCUUGGAAGUUCACUAACUAUGCCGAGUUUUGAUAAGGUUGAUGGGAAUCUGGGUUAUCAUGAAGACAAAGUAGAGGAAGCAGAAGACAAAGUAGAGGAAGCAGAAAAAGAAUCUGUAUCAGAAGAGGCAGUGAAACUUCUUCAGUAUAGGGAAAAAUUAAAAGAAAAAUACAGGUCCAAGUUGAGGCAGGAGAAUGGAACCCAACUCAGUAUCUCACAGGAUGAAAUGAAGAAACCAGCAUUGAAAAAUUUUGGAAAUUUUUUUGGUCCGUCUGUGCCUUCGUUUUCUGACAGAGGUCUGAAGGAGAGCAAGUCAUUGUUCGAGAUUCCAAGUUUCGCUCAGAAAGCAUCUAAUUUGGGAACUGAUUCAAAAAAGGUUGGCAUGUCAUGUCUUGGGCCUAAAACUGGAACUAUCAGUCAACCUCCUCUGUAUCAGGUUAAGCCAAAAGCACAGAUAUUUAAAAGCAUGAGAGGUUGUUCAUUUCUGUCAUCCGAUGAAGCAGAGGUUCCAAAACCCAUGAAUAAUCCUGAACAGCAAAACAUCUUAGUUCUGAAGCCAGAUGGAAGAUCUGUCCACGUGCCAUCAAAGAGCAAUGAGCCAUCAGCUGAACCUGCCAUAAAAAUAUCUAAUGCGAAUAAAAGGAAGAAGCCUUUGAAAAGUCUUCAAGUAUGUAAUACACACACUGCACCCCCUCGUAAGUCGAUCUCCUGUACUGCCGCUGGUCUUGUGAGUUCUGAUUCAAGAAGGCUGUUAGAUGUAGCUACACGGAGCCAACCCAUUAAGCAGACAAGCAGUAUUGGUGUCAGUAAACCUGUUCGACAUACUAUAUCCAAAGGCGCCUUGCCUCCAUCAAAGCCAUUGUCUUCAAGUGACGAAAAAGUGCCAGGUAGUUCUAUGGAGCAACAGACUUCUGGUGUAAGUAACAAUUUAGAGCGUGAAAGGCUUAUUCCACGUAGAAAUGAGAGAAGUGUAUUGAAGAAGGAAAAUGCUGGGGUUUGUAAACUUCAGAACAAGCUCUCCAAACAAAGUUCUGGUCGGGAUAAUCUAGACAGCAGCCUGAUUAAGAAACAAAUAGUACAUCAGUGUUCUGGCGGCAUUAACAAAGACCAGUCUAAGAAAGAACCAAGGGAUGCACAACCACUUUCUGAUGAUGAUGACUGUGAUUUAAGUUCUGUACUUAAGAAACUUAGGCGUGGACCUCCAUCACAAUAUGAAGAUGGUGAUGAUGACGUGUGCGUGGCAGCAUUUAAAGAGAUACAGAAGGAGGAAUUGAGGAGUGCCAAAAUUGGAAAACAAGAGGAUAAGCAGGAACUUGCCAAGAUUAUGGAAGAAGAGAGACGGGAGAGGCCAAAGAAGAAAGCCAAGUUGUGUCAAAUGAGCAGAUGAUGGAAUUACUUGUACAAUCUUUCUAUUCCUCCAACACAGCCAAAUUUCUUGAUUCUUACAGAAGUUUAGGGGACAUUUAGUUAUUUAUGAAAGGUCAAAGGUGGGGAGCUCUGGACAGAUUAACAAAAGUAUUGUAGCAAGGGAAUUAUUAGGAUGACAAGUUUGUAGAUAUAUGAAUAUGAUACGGCCUACUUAUAACUUGUAUGAAUAAUGAGAUAAGGUUUCCUUUUGGCAGUAGACAGUGUCACACAGUCACAGUAGUACUAGUCUAGCUUGGUAAUGCCAACUGUUAACUAGCGCGACACUAAGCGAAUGCCGGUGCAAACUACUAGUUUUGGACAGUUUCUCACCUUGCAAAUUUCAUAAUGGGCAUAACCACAUAAACCUUCCGAGAAGGGCUAAGUAAUAGUUAAGGGUUAUGUGUGAUAUAAAGACUGUAAGAUCCGCAUUCAUACAUAUGUGAUAUGUCGUUUACGUAAUAGUUUGUA